GUGUGUGAGCGUGGAGUGACGGCUGAAGUUGGCUACGGCUGCUGCCACGGGCGAGCAGCACACUUGACUUGGGGUGGGUUUUUUUCAGAUGGCAAGCGAGCCGCCGUGGCACGACGCGUUUGAGGACAUGGGGGGCACGAUCUACUUGUCAGCCGCGUCGCGGACACCGCUACCGAAGCGAUGUGCUGCAGUAGGCAAGGCUGCGCUGGAAUCCAAGUGCUUACCAUGGCAGCUCGACGGCGACAAGCGGCCUGAUGCGCUGCGGGAGGCGUUUGCCACACUGGUCGGCAGCGAGAGCGGCGGCGAUCAAGUGGCCAUUAUGCCAUCCACCUCGUAUUGUAUGACGCUUGUUUCGCGAUCCCUCGCCCAGGUUGCUCAGGAGGCCGGUGGUGAGCUGCGAGUCGUGUGCGUGGCGGAUCAGAACUCGUCGGCGGUGCUCCCGUGGCAGGCGGUCGGGGCCAAGCUUGUGUUUGUGGACGGGACGAGCGAGGCGAUAACGGCUCAAGUCGAGGUCGAGCUGAAAGCAAAUGCGGAGCAUGGAGGCAACACAGUGAGUGUCAUCAAUCUGCCGCCGCUGCGAUGGACCGACGGGACGCUGAUCGAGCUGAACAAGAUCGCGGCGGCGCGGGACGCGCUCUCGCCGUCGACCUUGCUCGUUGUUGACGCCACCCAGGGACUUGGCGUCAUCCCGCUCGACGUGAACAAGCUGGGCGUGGACGUAGCGGUGGCCUCAGUUCACAAGUGGCUUUGUGGUGUGUACGGAGCGGCGCUGGUGGCGGUGUCUCUUCGGGCGCGGGCGCUGCUCUCGCCACUUGACGUCCACGAGCGAGCACGUGCCGGCGGGAGCUCCGACGGCUGCCUCCCGUACGAGCCCGGCUUUGGCUACCCGCUCGCGGUCAAGGCUACUGGAAGUGGACUCGAUGGCGGCGGGCGGCCGAACCCGGUGGUGCUUCCUGUGGCGCUCUGUGGGCUGGAGCUGAUCAACGAGUGGGGCGGGCCGGCGGCGAUUGCCGGCGCGGUCUCGGCUCUCACCGACCGAGUGGCGAGCGGUGGGCGGGCACUCGGGCUGCGUGUCCCCCGUUGCCACGCGCCGCAUGUGGUCGGCUUGGGGCUUGGGGCCCAAGGCUGCGCCGAGGCUGCGGCGGCUGCGCUCAAGGCCGCCGGCAUCGUGGUCUCUGCGCGAUCGGGUGGGCUCCGGGUGGCGCCGUACGUGUACAACACCGCAGCCGAGGUGGAUGUCUUCCUGGCUGUGCUCGGGGCGUGGCUCUGUGAGCAUCGGGUGCGGUGUCGGCUGUGCGCGAGUGGGAGCCGGAUGUGAGGGCAGUGGCGGGUGGCGACAGCGAACGGCGUUUACUGUAGCUCAGAGGAAAAAGUAGCG